AGAUGGCGGUACGGAAGAAAGACGGCGGGCCGAAUGUAAAAUAUUUUGAAGCGUCUGAUACCGUCUCGCAGUUCGACAAUGUACGAGUUUGGCUGGGAAAGAAUUACAAAAAGUAUAUUCAAGCCGAGCCGCCCACCAAUAAGUCUUUGUCCAGUCUGGUUGUUCAGCUACUGCAGUUUCAGGAGGAAGUUUUUGGACGACAUGUCAGCAACCCUCCUCUCACCAAGCUGCCGAUGAAGACUUUUUUGGAUUUUAAGGCUGGUGGAGCUUUGUGUCAUAUUCUCGCUGCUGCUUAUAAGUUUAAGAGUGACCAAGGAUGGAGGAGGUUUGAUUUUCAAAACCCAUCCAGAAUGGACCGUAACGUUGAAAUGUUUAUGACCAUAGAAAAGUCUUUGGUACAGAAUAAUUGUCUGGCUCGGCCUGUAAUCUACCUGAGCUCGGAGAUUGAGCCCAAGCUGCUGGGGAAACUGAAGGACAUUGUUAAACGACACCAGGGAUCAGUAACAGAUGAUAAACAAUCCAGUACUCAUGUGGUGGUGCCCAUUCCUGCCAGUUUGGAGGAGGAGGAAUGGGUCCGUCCAGUCAUGAAAAGGGAUAAACAGAUGCUGCUGCACUGGGGUUAUUGGCCUGACAGUUAUGACACGUGGAUCCCAUCCAGUGAAGUGGAGGCAGUAGUGGAAGAUCCACCCACUCCAGAGAAACCCAGAAAGGUUCACGCUAAGUGGAUUCUGGAUUUGGACCAGUAUAAUGAGUGGAUGAAUGAGGAAGACUAUGAGAUUGUGGAGGAAGGCACGAGAAGAAAGAAGAUUUCAGCCAAGACUCUGACAGAUGAAGUGACCGCUCCAGAUGAAAGGAGAGAUAAAAAACCUGCUAACACCAAGAAAAGGAAGCGUUCGCCCUCUCCAUCCCCUACUCCUCCUCCACAGGAGAGCAAGAAGAAAAACACCAAGAAAGGGCCAACUACACCCUACACUAAGUCUAAGCGGGGACAGAGAGAGGAGGAACCAGAGGAUCUAACUAAAGAUGUGGACGAGCCAUCACCUGUGCCUGCACCAGACGAGUCUUCACUAAAUAAAACAGUGACCAAGAAAGACUCAGAAGCAACCCCAGUGAAAGGAGGGACUGAAGGUGACGAGCAGGAGGAUGAGGCUAUGGAGACUGUGGGAAAGGAGGAAGAGGAGGGUUCCCCUAGUGUAAAGGGUGAGCCGGUAAAAAAUACUGACCUGCAUGAGGAUAAUGUGACGGAGCAGACUCACCAUAUUAUUAUUCCCAGCUAUGCUGCCUGGUUUGACUACAACAGUGUUCAUGCUAUAGAGCGUAGAGCUCUUCCUGAGUUCUUUAACGGAAAAAACAAAUCGAAGACCCCUGAGAUUUAUCUGGCAUACCGGAACUUCAUGAUUGACACAUACCGACUAAACCCACAGGAGUAUUUGACGUCUACAGCUUGCCGUAGAAACCUGGCAGGAGAUGUGUGUGCAAUCAUGAGGGUCCAUGCAUUUCUGGAACAAUGGGGUUUAAUCAAUUAUCAAGUGGAUUCAGAGAGCCGACCGACUCCCAUGGGUCCGCCGCCCACAUCUCACUUUCACGUUUUGGCAGACACACCAUCCAGCCUUGUGCCACUGCAGCCUAAAGCUUCUCAGACCCCAUCCUCGCAACAGAUGAUGCCUUUUAGCGACAAAGUCAAAGACAAGCCUACAGAUCUGCAGAACUUUGGGCUGAGGACAGACAUGUACAGCAAGAAAAGUGGUACAGGUACAGCCAAGGUUAAAAAUGCAGCCAGUGCUACACGGGAAUGGACUGAACAGGAGACGCUGCUGCUGCUGGAGGGUUUGGAGAUGUACAAAGAUGACUGGAACAAAGUAUCUGAGCAUGUGGGCAGUCGCACACAGGACGAGUGCAUUCUUCACUUCCUAAGACUGCCAAUCGAAGACCCGUAUCUGGAGAAUGGUUCCUCAUCUCUUGGUCCAUUUGCUUAUCAGCCAGUGCCAUUUAGUCAGGCAGGAAACCCAGUCAUGAGUACGGUGGCUUUUCUGGCCUCAGUGGUUGACCCACGAGUCGCCUCUGCUGCUGCCAAGUCUGCUCUGGAGGAGUUCUCUCGUAUGAAGGAAGAGGUGCCGGCAGCUUUGGUCGAGGCUCAUGUGCGGAGGGUGGAGGAGGCAGCCAGGGUGAGCGGAAGACCGGAUCCACUGUACGGCCUCGAGGGUAGUGGCAUUGCUGGAACUGGUCUGGAGGACUCUGACAAGCCUGCGGAGGAGAACAAUGAAGAAAGCAAGAGCAGUGAUGGACAGUCCAGUGAGGACAAGAGAGAAAACAAGGAGAGUAAAGAUGUAGCAAGUGAGGAGGAGGAGAAGCAAAGUGAGAAUGGAAAGAAGGAAGAAGAACGAACGAGAGAAGGAGAGACCGAAAGAGAGGCAGAGAAGACAGAUUCAGAGAUGGGCGAUGGUGAGAAGGAGAAAGACGGAAAGGAGGGAUCAGAUGAGAGUCUGAGGGAAGGAGAAAGUGAUGGAGAGAGAAAAGCUAAAGUGGAACGGGAUGUCGGGGAGGGAAAUCUAGCCACUGCAGCCGCCUCUGCUCUUGCUGCUGCUGCCGUUAAGGCCAAGCACUUGGCUGCGGUGGAGGAGAGAAAGAUCAAGUCUCUGGUGGCCCUGCUGGUUGAGACUCAGAUGAAAAAGCUGGAGAUCAAAUUGAAACACUUCGAGGAGCUGGAGACCAUCAUGGAUCGAGAAAGAGAGGCGCUGGAGUACCAGAGACAGCAGCUCCUUGCCGAUCGUCAGUCCUUCCACAUGGAGCAGCUGAAGUACGCUGAGAUGAGAGCCCGCCAGCAGCACUUCCAGCAGAUCCAACACCAGCACCACAGCAACCAACCUGGCAACCAGUCAAGCAGCGCUCCUCCUGUACUUCACCCAUCAGCUCCUAAUGCUAACGUCCCGACUUCUACACCCAGCGUCGCCCAGGCAGCCUCUGCCAACACCCCUAAUGAAGCUCCACCCUCGUCCACCUCUCAUACCUCUCCACCCAGCAACACACAGACUGGAGCAGUGCACGACUCCAGCACUCCACUAGCAGGGGAUUCCCUCCAUCCCAGUGCCCCAGUGCCCCCUGCACAGUAAAAGGGUCAAGUACAUUUUAAAAGGUUAAAGGAAAAAGAGAAGGAGCUAGUUUUAUCUUUGUUUUUGGAAGACAGUCCUCAGUUGCCAUCUUAACCCAAUGACUACAGCCUCAGCGAUCUGGUUCGAGCAACCCGGCUUAAACAUUCAAAAAAAAAAAAAAAAAAAAAACACUACAUAGGCCAUGAAUCUGGAAUUGAACUUAUAGGGGAAAAGCAUGUGAUGUGGCUCAAAAACAGAAAUGAACAGUAUUCUUUUACAUCUAAACACCAGUAUUAUUGGGUUUGUGUUUUAACCGAGUAUUUCAGAAUCUACAGAAUCCUGAGGUACUUGUAUGAAAGCACAUCAGUGUAGGUACUUUAGUUUCUUUAAAAAAGAGAAAACAAGAAACGAAAAGCUGCACUUUUAAAACAUUUACCUGUUUUUACUUCUGGAGACAAUAAGCAUUAAAACAAAUUUAAUCCAAAGCACUUACAAGUCCUGUACCAGUCUCCUGUCUUACACUUCAUCUUCGUAAUCAUUUGUUAGAAGCACUCAAUCUGGAAUGAAUUUGAGAGGAAGCUAGACUUUUUAAUUGUUGUUUUGUAUGUGUAACGGUUUUAUCUUGGGACAGUAUGAAAGCUUAAGUAGGUUGGCCUCUGCUUACUUUAAUUAUUUGUACAUCAUUAAAUUGUUUUUUCAAUUUUUAAAAGAAUUUGAGCAUGAAAAAGAGGACAGUGUUAAGUGUUGGUUUUAUAUGAAACCUGUCAUUAACUGUAGAUACAAACUAUGUACUGUAAACUUGCAGCGUCUGUUAAAAACUUUGAGAUCGUUCCCCUCUGAGUAUUGGUAUGUUUGUGUAUGUGCUGCAUAGGAGAUAUACCCUCUUACACCUGAUCCGUUACACACGUGACCCGUUCACACAUCGAUCACAUGACAUGAAUCGCUCAUAAAUCAUGCAAUUAUUGGACUGUCAUUCAUUAAAUGAACUAUUGAGUCUUUUGCAUUAACAGACAGCAGCUUCUGAAUUACUCCAGUCUGCAGACAUUGUUGCUGUUUGUGAUUAGUUUCACAUGGAAAGCUAAGUCUUAAUACUGGUUUUAUUUGCAUCCAAUAAUAUCAUAUUGGUAUUUUUUAGACUGUAAUGACCUGGUCUAAACCAAUUACAGCAUCUUUUACCUACUAUAAAAUCAGUACACAUUGACAUAUGUAUUUACGUCUUUUUAAAAGUGUCAUCAUACCAUAUUUAGAAAAGGGGAUUUGUGCUAUUUGGGAUGCCAGAACACUAAACUAAACCAAAAGUCAAUGUUGGCAGAGUUAAUAAAUAAAAGUGUAAAAGGUGCUUUCUGUGGACGUUGCCGUUACCUAUCAUUAUUGUUAAAAUCAAUGUUUCGAGAGUGGAUAUUUACUAUGAAUAGAUUUCAUUGACAAACCCAAAGCGCUAGAGUGACAGCGAUCUAUUACGCAAUCCCAACACCACUAAAUCUUAGUGGUGUUAUCGGCUGGCCAGGCAUCUACGCAGACAUGAUUGUUAAUGUCUGACUGGUGGCAGGGCUUUAAGGGGUGGAAAGGGCGAUCUAUCCAGGGUAUUCCUACCUUGCACCCAGUGCUUCCUGGUAAGACCAGACCCAACAGGACCCUGGCCAGGAUAAAACUGUUUAAUAACUGUAUUAAUAAAAAUACAAAAACUCAAUGUUAAACCUGCAAUGCAAGACCUUUAGGAACGUCAAUACCCUCUUCAAAAAUGUCCUGUUGAAAGCAAUAUACUGGUUUUCAGCUCACUGCUCUUUUUUGCAUACAAAUGUGGCAAGUCAGAAACAUUCCAGUUCAUGCCAUUAAUCCGCAAUGACAAGUACUAAAAACUCCACCUGAAUCCAAUCUCGUCUUUGCAUUAUUGUUUUAAGGUUUUGAGGCAACUUGCAGAAGCAAAACACUCUGUUUUUAUAUAGUUUUAUCUGCACUGACCUAAAUAAUACUACGUCUUUCAUUUGUAACAGCAAGUUCCGUCCCGCACCUUUAAUUUCUGCUAUUUACACAUAUCAGAUUGUAAAAGUGUUUCUUUUUUAUUUUGUGAAUACCAGGCCAAACUUACAUGAAGCAUAGCUAAAUGAAGGAAAAACCCUUUGAUUUCGUUUUGGCUAAAUGAAAAGUAAAAUGAGGGAUAGCAAUGUUACAUUUGUAGUUGUGUUUAUGUAUCUUCAUAUUGUAUCCUUCCUAUUUUUGUAUUUUUAUAUGUUUCUUUUCACUGUUACCAUGAUUGCAGUAUUGCUGUUGUAUUACACCUGGAAUCUUGCUUGCUUACUUAGUGUUAACCUGUACCAUAAAACUCGACAAUUGUGUUUGACUGAUUUUUUCCCCCUUAAGUUCAUGUGCCAUGUGUUCUUUUAAAACAAAUGCUGAUUUUACAACUUUGAUCCUGGACUAAUCUGUAAAUGCCACAGCAGAUACUAGAUUCACAAAUGUUCACAGUAUUAUGGUUUACAGUCUUAUGCUGUACAUGCAAGCUGACUUACCAAUAUCUAUCUAGUGGUUAAACACACACAUUCCUAGUGUUACAAACCUAACAUACACUUUCAGAAUGCUGGCUUUUCUGUCAUUUACAUUGUGUGACACUAGUGAUAUUAAAUAGUCUGGACUUUGCUGUUUCUAUCUGCACUGUUUUUUUAAGCUAUAUAAAUAUGGUUUAUAAAGAGAGCAAGUCGUGGUUCUCAACUGAACGUUUAGACAUUUUUGAAUUGAGGUUCAGAAACUUUGAGGUUCUUAUAUGCUUUAAACAGUAAAAAUACAAAAACCUUCAUUUUGAAGUAGGGCGGGUGGGAAAUUAAAUAUUCAGCCCUAAAAGACAGCGAGACUCAAUUUUUUUGCAGCUAGCUUACUCGUGAGGGUGUUACAGUUAACAAACCGUUAGCUUAGCGCCAAGCUACUUUACCAGAUUUACAGACUAUAAACUCAAAGUCUGCUAAUUAGCAUUUACAUAUGUAUUCAAUUUUAGUUUCACAGAGAUACUGACGUGUAAAUAAUUAUGUUCUUGGGAACAUUAAGCAACUGCUUUUACCACUUACAGCAGUGAUUGUAUAUUCACUAGAGGGCUAAAAGUAUGUGGACACCUGAAUAUAAGUGUAACAGACCUUUCUGUGUCUGUGUUGUAACGGUGGUUUGAUGGACGUUUUUGCACAGGGUGAGUGUGUUUUGAUCCUUUGGGGCUCCCAUAGUGCAUGGGAUAGCGUGCUCGGCUAACGUGCUGACUCGACCUGGCGUCUGUUAUAUACCGUAACAGAGAGGGUGAAUAAAGUGCUGUGCUCCCGACGA